AAAUGUCGACUCCUUACAAUUCAACUUGGAUACAAUAAGAGCUGCCACAGACAACUUCUCUGAGGCAAAUAAGCUUGGACAAGGAGGAUUUGGAGCUGUUUACAAGGGUAAGCUUUUGGAUGGACAAAUGGUGGCUGUGAAGAGGCUCUCAAGAAAUUCUGGACAGGGUGAAAUAGAAUUUAAGAAUGAGAUUAUAUUAGUGGCCAAGUUGCAGCACAGGAAUCUUGUUAGGAUCCUUGGCUUCUGCUUAAAAGGAGAGGAAAAACUGCUCAUCUAUGAAUUCUUGCCAAAUAGAAGUCUUGAUUACUUUAUUUUUGAUCCAACCGAACGCUCACAAUUGGUUUGGGAACAACGUUACAAAAUCAUUGAAGGGAUCGCUCGAGGGCUUCUUUAUCUUCAUGAAGAUUCUCGAUUGAAAAUUAUUCAUCGAGAUCUAAAAGCCAGCAAUAUUUUGUUAGAUGAGGAUAUGAAUCCAAAAAUCGCAGAUUUUGGCAUGGCAAAGCUCUUUGUAUUUGACCAAUCUCAUGCCAACACUGAUAGGAUUGUUGGAACAUAUGGAUAUAUGGCGCCAGAGUACAUAAUGCAAGGGCAAUUCUCAGUUAAGUCAGACGUGUUUAGUUUUGGAGUCUUACUACUGGAGAUUGUGAGUGGCCAGAGAAACAACAAUUUAAAUCAAUUAACUGGAACCAUGGACGGUGGCCUUCUCAGCUAUGCGUGGAGAAAAUGGACGGAGGGUACAGCUUCGGCAUUGGUAGAUCCAACUUUGAGAGAAAAUUAUAAUAUGGCUGAAGUGAUGAGGUGCAUUCACAUUGGCUUAUUAUGCGUUCAAGAAAAUGUAUCUAACAGACCCACCAUGGCCUCUGUUGUUGUCAUGCUCAAUAGUUACUCUACCUCUCUCCCAUUGCCUACACCAGCAGCCUUUAUAAUGGGUAGCCAAAUGCAGUUGGGUGAACCUUCGAAGGAUGAUUUAAGGGUAACAAAAUCAAUAAAUGAAGUUUCAAUUACUGACUUGUCUGGUCGAUAGUGUUGGUGAAAGAAGAACAUUACUACAAGGUGUUUGGUAUUACUUGGAAAUUUUGAUCUACAAGACUUUGAGUUACUAGUCUGCGAAGGGGAAGCUAAGUGAAAUUAAGUGCAAUUCAUACUA